AUGUUGACAUCAUCUAAACAUAAGCCUGCAACUGGCCAACCUACAAAUACUCCAAAUAAUGAACGUACGAAUAAUACUCCUAUUAAUACCUCAAAAAGUUAUGACAGCCCAGAUAUUCCAGUUACAUCGAAUUCUUUUAAUCCGUCACAUUUGUAUCCAUCAUGGGAGACGGAUUCAAGUAUGGAUUUACGUGUAUAUAUUUCAGAAGAUGAGAACUUUGCUGACUUUAAGAACCUUGAUGUUCUCAAAUGGCACGCUUCAUCUAUUCAACUUGGAAAUUGGGAUGAUGAAAGAGACAAAUCAGUGGAUAUUCAAACUUCUGUGAAUGUGCGAAACAACGGCACCUUGUAUGCACAUAUUUAUCUUACUCUUAAUAAGGCUUCUCCAGAUCCAACAGAUCCAUCAUUUCAAGAAAACAUGAGAACAAAUCCAAGCGUAAUCCCGAUAGUAUCGUAUUGGCACCAAAAUCUUACGCUUAAUAUUAUUUCAGAUAAUACUGUCAUUCCAUAUCGUCAAUUGACACCUGUUGUCGCAUCACAUAUUCAAUUGGAUACAACUACCUUAUUGGAUCCUUCAAGCAAAGCUGGAUAUUAUCUUCCAGUUUUAAUUGCUAAUGAUUUCUGGAUUCUCAGAGAACACUUGACGCCUAUUAAUGAAACAGUCGAGACACAAGCCGAAAUGAUGGGCGGAGAUGCACAUAGUGAAUUUGAUGAAAUUAAGAGAAUGUUAAGAGAGACAAAUCCAAUUCUGUUAGGUGUAACAUUUACGGUAUCAUUAUUUCAUAGUAUUUUUGAAUUCUUGGCUUUUAAAAAUGAUAUUGCUCAUUGGAAAAAUAAGGAAGAGCUGACAGGAGUCUCAGUCCGAUCUAUUCUAUUGAAUAUAUUCUUUCAGUUAAUAAUAUUUUUAUAUUUAAUGGAUAAUAAUCAUGAUACGAGUUGGAUGAUUUUGAUUGGUCAAGGAAUUUCAGUGGCUAUUGAAGUUUGGAAAAUUAAAAAGGCUGUUGAUGUUAAAAUUAUUCCAUCUCAAGGAUUUUUCAAAUAUUCAAUAAAAUUCGUAGAUAAACAUAAACUUUCAGAGAGUGAAGAAAAAACGAAGGAAUAUGACAGACUUGCUUUUAAAUAUUUGUCUUGGAUAGCUUAUCCAUUACUUACUGGUUACGCCAUUUAUAGUCUUGUUUACAAUACACAUAAAAGUUGGUAUUCCUUUGUUUUGUCAACUCUUGUCGGGUUCGUUUAUGCAUUUGGCUUUAUAAUGAUGACUCCACAAUUAUUUAUCAAUUAUAAACUUAAGAGUGUUGCGCAUAUGCCUUGGAAAACACUUAUGUACAAAACUCUUGGUACUUUUGUGGAUGAUUUGUUUGCCUUUUGCAUUAAAAUGCCUACUUUACAUCGUUUGGCAUGUUUGAGAGAUGAUGUUGUUUUCUUCGUGUAUCUGUAUCAAAAAUGGAAAUAUCCAGAUCAAAUAGAUCAAGGAUCCCAACCAGAAAGUAAAAAAGAUAAAUAA